GAGCAGGCACGAGGCGUCGUCCAUGGCUCCAAGGAAGCCACUGAUGCGGCCUAUGAUGCGGCCGCCGGGCAAGUUCUCGCCCGCGUUGCGCAGGGUCGGCCAUCCGCUGCUCUGAUGCUGGCGACCCACAACCGGAGAUCCAUUCAGCAGGCGGUGACGAAGAUGGAGAAAUUAGGCCUCCAAAGAGACCACGCAAACGUGCACUUUGCCCAGAUCCUUGGCAUGGUCGACAACCUCACGCUGGGCCUCGGCCGGGCUGGCUACAACGCCAGCAAGCUCCUGGUCUUCGGUGAGAUCCACGAGGUCUUACCUUGGCUGUUGCGUCGGACGCAAGAGAACCGUGAUGCAUUCGGGGCCCAGGCCGCGGAGUUCCCAGUGCUGUCGCGGGAGCUUCGGCGCCGCUUUCGACACCCAUGGGCGUGA